AUACAAACAGUUGUGACCAAGGGACUAGUUCAUCCAAGGCAAGAGUAAUUGAAAAGGCCUUUGCUCCAUCCUCCCUUGGCAUCUUUUUGCAGAAUAGUCAGAGCAAAUAAUGGGAAUGGACAUCUCCUCCUACCUGGCCAAGGCUAUCGGUACCCAGAGUGACAGAGCAAAGGUGAGAUGAAACUGUUGCAAGAACAACGUGAAGCUUUUCACGAAGAUGGCGCCGAAAGCGCAGAAGGAAGCCUCUGCCCCUCCCAAAACCAAAGCUAAAGCAAAGGCUUUGAAAACCAAGAAGGCAGUAGUGAAAGGUGUCCACAGCCAGAAGAAAAAGAAGAUCUGCACUUCACCUACAUUCCGGUGGCCCAAGACACUGCGUCUCAGAAGACAACCCAAAUAUCCUCGGAGGAGCGCCCCCAGGAGAAACAAUCUUGACCACUGUGCCAUCAUCAAGCUCCCUCUGACCUCUGAGUCAGCCAUGAAGAAGAUUGACGACAACAACACAGUUGUGUUCAUUGUGGAUGUCAAAGCCAACAAACACCAGGUCAAUCAGGCUGUGAAGAAGUUCUAUGACAUUGAUGUGGCAAAGGUCAACACCCUGAUCAGGCCUGAUGGAGAGAAGAAGGCAUAUGUUCGACUGGCUCCUGACUAUGAUGCUUUGGAUGUUGCCAAUAAAAUUGGGAUCAUCUAAACUGAGUCCAGCUGGCAAAUUCUAAAUAUAAGUUUUUUGACCAUUAAAAAAAAAAAAAAAAGAACAAUAUGAAGUCCCAGCCAAAAGGAGUCCUCUUCAGCUCUAACCUUCGUACAGAGUGGCUACUCUCUAGGACUGGACCAGGAAGGGGGAUUUUAUGUGCUGAGUACUAUUCCAGUGACAAAGCUUCACUGUAGGCAUCUGUGUUUUAGGGUCAGCUCUCUCUCCUGGAAAGAGAAGGGGCCAAUGCCAGCCUGCAGGUGGUUUCCUUCAUCUGACAUUACAGAUACUGCACACACCCACAAAUUGCCAAUUCUGCCACAGUCCCCCAGUGAGUAUUUGACUUUGCAGGGUAUUCUUUAUGCUUCUGGCCAGCUUUGCCCCAUCUUGAAAACCUUGGAAGAAGAGAAGAAAUUUUAUGAUCCCUCUUCCCCCGUACCUGAAGUCCUGUGGACCAACCUGAAAUUUCAAGUCCUAAAAUAAGUGAAAACAAGGGCAGUAAUUCAAGGAGUACAGAUUCCUCACUAGGCUGCAACCAACUACAUCCUACCUCCCAACCACAUGUAAACCUGUCUACUAUUGUAGCCCUAAGUCUAGGAAGGAAAAUAGGAAAAGAUGUGCUUCAGGAGUAAAUGGGUGUCUGGUAGCAUGAAGUCAGCAGUUCUUAAUCUGGGGUUUGUGCAUCCCUAAGAAUUUAAUGGAUGAGUUUCAUGGAUUCUGAAGUAUACACAGAAUUUUUAGUUCAAAUGCAUUUGCCUGGGGAGAAACUCCCAAAGGAUUCGGAUUUUUUUGAAAGGUAAGACCCGCUGUUGUGGAUGGCUCUGGAAUAUUGCCCUAGUGUCACUGCAGUUCAUAUUCCUUCACCACUCAUUCCUGCUGGCACCUGACUCCCAAGGCUUGCUGGCCACAGGCUGCCUCUGUGUCCUUGUAUGGCCUAGAGACGUCAGAUAAAAAUGUAUAGAGCCCUUUGUGAGCUGAAUUUAGUAAGUUCCUACAUAUGAAAUGAUCAGCUUUGCUCUAGGAUAGAAAAACUGACUUGGGAAAAGGAAAUUCUGGUCAGAUGGAAAAUUCUGGAUAUGUUCAUAUCCAUAAACAGUAGAUUUUAUUAUUUGAGUGUUACUCAUUGGUUUUAUGCAAAAGAACUAAUCAGUCAAUGUAUUCUUGAUUGAUGUUCAUUGAACUUAAUUAUGAAAUGUUUGUUACUAAGACAUUAAUGAGUAUUAGAAGGAAACAACAGCAUCUUUCUGGUUGCUGAUAUUAGUAAUCAUACGUAAAUGAAAGCUGACAUAUGAUUCCAUAGGCUGGUUAUUACCUGAUAUUCCUAUUCUAUUUCAGUUGACUUUGCUCCAACACGAGCAAUCUGAAUAUCUCCGUAGGCCAGGGGCCCUGCUCAUUUGCUGGAGAGCUCCUCAGUCUCUUUUUUUUUCCCCCAUUGGAUGCUGGCUAAUUCUUCAGAAAGAGGUAGGAAGUCCUUACAUUCCGUUUUUCUAGUCCUAAGAAAUAACAGAAAUAGGGCUUGGAGGUAGGUGAUCUUUUGUUGUUUCCAUCUCUUAUUUACUAUUUAACAUGAAGGAUCUGUAGUGUCACUGGAAUUUAGAAAGUAAGGAUUUCUGAGGUUAGAGAAAAUUUUGUCAAGUGGAAUUUGUAUAUGAGGGAAGUGUGGGAUUCUAAGUGACAAAAAGAGUGUCGUAGACAGGAAGAAAAGAAUGUAACUUAAGUUCAUCAGGAUAAAUACAGUAUUUGAAAGGUGUAGUGAGGAGAGCAGCCUGGCCACAUGGGCAGAGCAAAGUCUCACUAGGUAGAUGAUGAAGUUUGGACUGCUUGAGAUGUACUUUAGCAAAGUCUCACUAGGUAGACGAUGAAGUUUGGACUGCUUGAGAUGUACUAUAGAUUCUUUUAUCACAGAAAAGAACUGAUGAGAUUAUUUUUUUAAGAAAGUUAGUAGAGCAGAAAUGUAUUAGGCUGAUGGCUGAGAAACCAGUUAGAAGAUUGUUGCAUCAGUCCCAUCACACAGCAAGUGCCAGGUUCUUGUUGGCUGUACUGAGAACACAGAAGAAGGAAUGCACUGGAAGGAUACCAUAAAGAACUAUAGACUUUUAUAUCUUUCUGUUGUUACUCCAAAAAGGAUUUGAUGUGGCUCUUAAAAAUUAGAUGCACCAUACAAAAUCCCAAAGAAAAUGUUUGGAACGGCAGAUGGCAUCAGGUUGAGCCUCGUAUACAGCAUGUAUGAUAUAAGCCUGUCACCUUUUCAAGAAUUUGACCCCUGUCCUUUACCCCUUCCCCACCCCAGUUUUUAUGGAUUUCAGGGUUCUCUUUGGGUUUCUCUUGGUCUUGGACAUAGAUACAGGUUCUUGGGAGUCCCCCACAGUGUCAGCUGACUGCUUUCUCUGCUUGAGGAUAAAUGUUCGUCAGUCUGUUACCUGACUUAGAUCUCAGCCUCUUCCAAAAAUGACACAGUGGACAUGAGGUACCAGAGGGGCUAGCACUAGGAGGCUCCCAUCACCUGCCUUUUUAAUCCUGAAUCUGGGACAGGCUUCUCCAGAAGAGUUUCAGACACCUAGUGGGAAGUCAGAGGCAGUGUGGGGGCCUGGGGACAUUUGUCACACUCCCAUCUUAGGCCCUUCUUUCCA